UCUCUGUGGCGUGUGUGCGAUUCAAGUGCACGCGUGUGGAGGCGUGGCCGGGGAGGUUUGUUUCCUGAUGUGGAGACGUGCGUUUUUCUUCCAGGUUGACAUAGAAAUCAACGGGGAAUCUGUGGAUUUACACAUGAAGCUGGGAGAUAACGGAGAAGCCUUUUUUGUUCAAGAGACUGAUAACGAUCAGGAAGUGAUCCCCACGCACCUGGCCACCUCCCCGAUCCUGUCGGACGGGGCCUCGCGCAUGGAGUGCCAGCUGAAGAGGAACUCCGUGGACCGGGCGCGGAGCCUGGACUCUGGUGUGGCGGCCCCAGCCCUGCCUCCCGGCGAGACCCCCUCCAGCGGCUCCCUGGUGAAGAAGAGACGGAAGAGGAGGAGGAAGUCCCAGCUGGACAGCCUGAAGAGGGACGACAACUCCAACACGUCGGAAGACGAAGACAUGUUCCCCAUAGAGAUGAGCUCCGACGAGGAGCGGGACGCGAUGGACAGCAGCAGAACUCUUUCUAACGACAUACCUCCAUUCCAAGAAGAUGUUCCCAAGGAAAACGUGCCCCCAGUCAUGCCUUAUUCUCAGUCAUCAUCGUACCCUAGUUCCGAUAGAGAGUGGUCACCCAACGCCAGUAGCCUGAUAGAUUGCAAAAGGACGCCCCCUCACGUGGCCGUGGCGGCCGAGGGCCUGCUCUCUAGCUCUUGCCCUCCACAGUCGUCCGUCCUGCACGCUCUGGAAAGUCCUUCAGGUUCCCGCCCUUCGACACCUAAAAGUGACUCCGAGUUGGUCAGCAAGUCGGCGGACAGGGCGGCGCAGAAGAGCAACCUGGAGAUGCUGUGGCUCUGGGGGGAGCUGCCCCAGGCCGCCAAGUCGCCUACACACAAGAUGAAAGACUCCAGCCCGCUGAGCAGCAGGAAGUUCUCGGAGAAGAUGCACUUCCAGGCCAUCCACAGCGAGCCUCCCGAAGCGUUUAGCGACCCGUCGCCGCCGCUGGCCGAGGCGCCGCCUCCGCAGCCGCUUUCGGAGCAGAGCAAGGAGCAGAGCAAGUCUCAGACCGAGAUGCAGUUUGUGAAUGAGGAGGACGUCGAGGCCUUGGGAGCCGCAGCCCCGCCCCUGCCUGCCACCGAGGAGCCCAAAGCCCUCUCCGCCCUGGCGGCGAGCAAGACGGACUCGCCGUCUAGGAAGAAAGACAAACGAAGCCGGCACCUGGGGGCGGACGGCGUCUACCUGGACGACCUCACAGACAUGGAUCCCGAAGUGGCCGCCCUGUAUUUUCCCAAAAACGGGGACCCUUCUGCGCUCCCCAAACAUGCCGACAACGGAGCCCGGUCAGCCAACCAGUCCCCGCAGUCCGUGGGCAGCUCUGGGGCCGACAGUGGUGUGGAGAGCACCUCCGACGGCCUGAGGGACCUGCCGUCCAUCGCCAUCUCCCUCUGCGGCGGCCUCAGCGACAACAGGGAGAUCACCAAAGACGCGUUUUUGGAACAAGCCGUGUCGUAUCAACAGUUUGUGGACAACCCCGCCCUCAUCGACGACCCCAACCUGGUGGUAAAGAUCGGGAACAAGUAUUAUAACUGGACCACGGCAGCCCCUCUGCUGCUGGCAAUGCAGGCCUUCCAGAAACCUCUGCCAAAGGCCACGGUGGAAGCGAUCAUGAGGGAUAAGAUGCCCAGGAAGGGAGGAAGAUGGUGGUUUUCGUGGAGGGGAAGAAGUACCACGAUCAAGGAGGAAAGUAAGCCGGAGCAGGGCCUGGCUGGCGAGAGCCACAGCACCGGGGAGCAGCCGCCGCCGCUCAGCAUGGCCACCAGAAUGAAGCAGGAGUCGUCCUCCAGCGAUGAGGAGCACUCAGCCGCCAGGCCGUCCAGCGCCCCCCUGAUGCCCCUGAUGUCCAACGUCGGCUACAAGAAGACCCUGCGGCUCACGUCGGAGCAGCUGAAAAGCCUGAAGCUGAAGAACGGCCCCAACGACGUGGUGUUCAGCGUCACCACCCAGUACCAAGGCACCUGCCGCUGCGAGGGCACCAUCUACCUGUGGAACUGGGACGAUAAGGUGAUCAUCUCCGACAUCGACGGCACCAUCACCAGGUCAGACACUCUGGGCCACAUUUUGCCCACCUUGGGGAAGGACUGGACCCACCAGGGCAUCGCGAAGCUGUACCACAAAGUGAGCCAGAACGGGUACAAGUUCCUGUACUGCUCCGCGCGGGCCAUCGGCAUGGCGGACAUGACGAGGGGCUACCUGCACUGGGUCAACGAGAGGGGCACCGUGCUGCCCCAGGGGCCCCUGCUGCUGUCCCCCAGCAGCCUCUUCUCCGCCCUGCACAGAGAGGUGAUUGAAAAGAAGCCAGAAAAGUUUAAAGUCCAGUGCUUGACAGACAUCAGAAACCUGUUUUUCCCAAACACAGAACCGUUCUACGCUGCUUUUGGAAACCGGCCGGCUGACGUGUAUUCGUACAAGCAAGUAGGAGUGUCUUUGAACCGAAUAUUCACCGUCAACCCCAAGGGCGAGCUGGUGCAGGAGCACGCCAAGACCAACAUCUCCUCGUACGUGAGGCUCUGUGAAGUGGUUGACCACGUCUUCCCGCUGCUGAAGAGGAGCCAUUCCUCGGACUUCCCCUGCUCAGACACGUUCAGUGACUUCACCUUCUGGCGGGAGCCGCUGCCCCCGUUCGAGAACCAGGACGUCCACUCUGCCUCGGCGUGACGCCCCGCAGCCGCCCGCGUCAGCCAAGACCGGCCGCCCAUUAAAGGAUCGGUUGUGGGAGCCCAGGAGGGAGCUCGGGAGCCGCGUGCGGUCAUUGCCUGAGCGCAGGGAGCUGGGGUGCACCCUCCUCCCGCUCCCCGGGGCUGGCGUUUCUAAGUCAAGUACCAGGGUGCACAUCCUGGGCGAGGAGUCGGGUGCACUCCGGGGGGGGGGUGGUGUGGGGGCCUUUCCUCGCUGUGGCUGAAAGCCAGAGACCACGCUGCCCUACCCGCC